UUCCUUUAUAAAUAUGGAAGCCAGGUGAAUGCUAGCUUACUCUCUCAAGGGAGCGACAGCGCACGGGCCUCCUCUCCUGCUCUAGAAGGGACUACAGCUGUCUUAGUGAAGAUGUGUGAUGAGGAGGAGACCACUGCCUUGGUGUGUGACAAUGGCUCAGGCCUUGUCAAGGCAGGCUUUGCUGGUGAUGAUGCCCCCAGAGCUGUAUUUCCCUCUAUUGUUGGUCGUCCCCGUCAUCAGGGUGUGAUGGUAGGUAUGGGGCAGAAGGACAGCUAUGUUGGAGACGAGGCCCAGAGCAAGAGGGGUAUCCUGACCCUAAAGUACCCGAUUGAGCAUGGCAUCAUCACCAACUGGGACGACAUGGAGAAGAUCUGGCACCACACCUUUUACAAUGAGCUGCGUGUGGCCCCUGAGGAGCACCCAGUUCUGCUGACAGAGGCCCCCCUAAACCCCAAAGCCAACAGGGAGAAGAUGACCCAGAUCAUGUUUGAGACCUUCAACGUCCCAGCCAUGUAUGUUGCCAUUCAGGCUGUUCUGUCUCUCUACGCCUCUGGCCGUACCACUGGUAUUGUACUCGAUGCUGGGGAUGGUGUGACUCACAAUGUGCCCGUAUAUGAGGGCUAUGCAUUACCCCACGCCAUCAUGAGGCUAGAUCUGGCUGGCAGAGACCUGACUGACUACCUCAUGAAGAUCCUGACAGAGAGAGGCUACUCCUUCGUCACUACUGCUGAGAGAGAGAUUGUACGUGACAUCAAGGAGAAGCUGUGCUAUGUGGCCCUGGACUUUGAGAAUGAAAUGGCCACCGCUGCCUCCUCCUCCUCCCUGGAGAAGAGCUACGAGCUGCCUGAUGGCCAGGUCAUCACCAUUGGCAACGAGAGGUUCCGCUGCCCCGAGACCCUCUUCCAGCCCUCCUUCAUUGGUAUGGAGUCAGCUGGUAUUCAUGAGACCACCUACAAUGGCAUUAUGAAGUGUGAUAUCGACAUCCGGAAGGAUCUGUACGCCAACAACGUGCUCUCCGGUGGUACUACCAUGUACCCUGGUAUUGGUGACCGCAUGCAGAAGGAAAUCACAGCUUUAGCGCCUAGCACAAUGAAGAUUAAGAUGAUCGCUCCCCCAGAGCGUAAGUACUCCGUCUGGAUUGGUGGCUCCAUCCUGGCCUCCCUCUCCACCUUCCAGCAGAUGUGGAUCAGCAAAGAUGAGUAUGAGGAGGCGGGGCCUUCGAUCGUUCACCGGAAGUGCUUCUAAACCCCGCCCUCCCUCUCCCUUGAAGACCCGCCCCCUCCUGGAACUCAGCUGUUACACGCUCCUUCUCUUACAGUCUCCAGUGAUGAUUUUUCAGUGGUCCACUCUUGGUGGUUUGCCCUCACAUUUGUUCUCAGGCACUCGGUUCCUGUUGUACAUGCCCCUCACAAUAAAGUCCACUGCCCCGUGUUAUGGUCA